CCCCUCCUGAUUGGGCAAGGCCGAUGCUUUCUACGUGGCCGAUUUUGAGUGUUGACGGUAUUCUCCAGAGCUGAGCGCUGGGGGGGAGGGGAGACCUUAGAGAAGCAGCGGCUGUCAAACCGCCAUAUGGGGUUACAGAAGAUGCCUUAAUUUUAUUUGUCUUUGGAGCUUAUUUGCAAGGGGGUCUUCUUGUGGGGAACCCGGAUCCCCCCCCCUCUCAAUUGCUGCCUGCAGUGGUUCCACCCAGUGUUAGGACUAUGACGCUCUUCCAGAUGCCGAGUCUAUAGUUUUUUUAAUAGAGGUGACUGUGGAUUGAAUUUGCACCUGUGAAACACCGAAACGCCUUAAGAGGUUAAAAACAACCUUGCUGCCUACUAUUUGAAUCAUAGCAACAGUGUUGGCCUUUGUAUCUAGUGGUGCAUUCCGCUCCCAUGGUUCAAAACGUUUUACACCCAGUAUCUUUGAUGAAUAAACAUGAGUGAAUUGUGCCGCCCUCAAAAAAAAAUAAAAAUAGUAAUUUGGCCAUAUGAAAUAUACAGUCGUUUGCACACACACACACACACACACAGAAGUUAUAUCUUAAGAGUGAAAAUGCAAUACAUUACUCCAGAACUAAUGUGAGAAGGGAAUACAAAUUAUGUGCCAUCAAACCGCUGUCCACUUCUAGGGACCACAUGAAUUUAUAUUCUUGUGUAUUUAAAGGACAUUUCAUUCCAUUUCAUUUCAUUACUGGAAAUUCAGUCCCUCCUCCGAAUUUGAAAGAAAGUUCUGCCCAUAUGGACCAUAUAUGUACAACAGUUUUUCUUCUUAUAGAAAUAAUUUCCGAUCACAGAAAUCGCAACCGAAGAGAGAAGGAUUUUAGAGGUUAGAUUUGCACGGAUGUAGAGAUCUACUCAAACCCCAAUUAUUGACGAUAUUUAACCGGAGAGGUGUCGGACAUGAAGCGACGUUUGAUAUUAAUGUCUGGCAAAAAGGACGCUGACAGCGGAAGGAAGGGUCGAGUCGAGAGUUCUGCAGAAAGAGCGCUUGCUAAACCCGAGGCUGUUGAGAAGCAGCCACGGGAGGAACAAUAUGACCGAAGAAGCCAAAAAGCUGGCCGCCUGGGCAGCGGUAAACAAUCACGUGCAGACUAAUCAUGUCCUUGGAAUUGGAAGUGGAUCUACAAUUGUUCAUGCUGUACAUAAAUUGGCUGAGAGAGUCAAAAAAGAGAAUCUCAACAUAGUUUGUAUACCUACCUCUUUUCAGGCACGGCAGUUGAUUCUGCAGAAUGGCUUAACCUUAAGUGACUUAGACAGACAUCCUGAGUUGAAUGUUGCCAUUGACGGAGCUGAUGAAGUUGACUCGGAUCUCAGUCUUAUCAAAGGAGGAGGGGGAUGCCUGACGCAGGAGAAGAUAGUGGCUGGUUGUGCAAAAAGCUUCAUAGUUAUUGCUGAUUACAGAAAAAAGUCUAAAAACCUUGGAGAACAGUGGAAGAAGGGGAUUCCUAUUGAAGUCAUCCCAAUGGCCUAUGUGCCAAUCACUAAGCUUCUGACCAAUAAAUUUGGAGGUGUUACAGAGUUGAGGAUGGCUGUCAAUAAAGCUGGUCCUGUGGUGACAGACAAUGGGAAUUUUUUAUUGGACUGGAAAUUUGAUCAAAUUCAUAAUUGGAAUGAAGUGAAUGUAGCAAUCAAGAUGAUACCAGGAGUGGUGGAAACAGGACUGUUCAUCAAUAUGGCAGAGCGGGUUUACUUUGGCAUGGAAGAUGGUUCUGUUAGUGUACAUGAGAAGCCAGUUCACUGACUUAUCACAAUUACACAGCUCUACUCUGCUAUCUUACUCGUCUGAAAAAUUAUCAUCCUGAUACCAGCCUGACAACUUGCCUUAAAGCAUUCAGUCUGGAUCUCAGUAAAUGGAAUAAAAAGGUCCAGGGAAUGUCAUCUUAAAAUAUAUUUUUAAAUGUAAUUUUUUAAAAGUGAUCAUCAUUUUGAAUGUUUCAAACUUUUUAUUUUUUUAUAUAAAUAAUCUACAAAAAAGUUACUUUGUGCAGUAUUGGAAUAUUUUGACUGCAGUGCAUUGUGAGAGGAAAAAAGUAAAUACAAUAUGUGAUAUGGUUCAAGUCAAAAAACCCAAGAUGUAUUUAUGUGAAAGGACUGUAUCCAGCUAGAAAUCUUUUUGGUUCUAUAUUUCAUGCCUUUAAAAUGAUUUUAAUCAUUAUUUUUAAUUAGAUAAUGUUUUGUUAUAUUCUUUAUGGAGCGACUAAUAUUUCAGCAGUUGACUUUUGUAAUCUAAAUUCAAUUUUAAUUUCUGCUUAGAACUGACUUACUAUAUUUUGCAUCUCCUUAAUUGUUCACAUGUUGCCAUGAGAAUUAAUGUGUGAAAAACAGAUUGUGUCCGGACUGUUCUAGCCAGUGUCACUGACACCAGUCAAUAAUGACUUGAAUUUAUUUAUAUCAACACUGUGGGCAAGCCACAUUUUCAAAUGUUUCCGAAACAGCUUGGAAGAAGUCUUUCCACAAAGAUUGCUAAGCCAAUAUGAGCAAUGUAUUUUAGUCACAAUUUUUAUGUGUAAAUUCAGUACUCCAUUAUUUACUCCUAGUAGCAAAAGAUUCCAGUCUAUUUGAACAAUUAUUUAUGGACAUGAUUUGGGGUUCAAUUCUUAAGAGCUGAGAAUUGUUAAUCCUUGCAUGGUGAUGUAGAUGCUGUAACUAAACACAGAUAAAAUUAGAAUCUUGAAUGAACUAUAAAUGUAGCAAGAAUAAGACACGUAAUUAAGUCAUACUUUAUUCCUUAAUGCAUUGCCUGAUCAAAAAUAUUACUUGAUACUUCAUCUGUUGUAGCAUUUAAAUAAAGUACUGCAGUGCCAGCCA